UUUCCUCCAAAGUUUUUGUUUCUUUGUUUACAGGAGUCUGAAAAUGGAAAGCAUAAAAGUGAUAUUUAUUAUGGUGAUCACACACCAGAAUUAUUUCAGUGAGAGCGCAAAUGUCAAAUGUAAACCAGGCCUUGAGCAUCUGAACAAAGGAGUCUGUGAGCCUUGUCUUUGUCCCAAAGGACAUGGUCUAAAUAUCUCAAUGGUUUCAGUUGACAAACUGGCGGGAAAUGCUUCGUGUUCACCCUGUAUACCCUGUACACCUGGCCAAUUUUCUAGUCUCCAAACAAAAUUUUUGUGCGAGAAAUGUUCAAUGCCUUGCAAUAUGCAAAACAGAAUCACCAUUCAACAUUGUGGCAGUGAGAAUGAUUAUGUGUGCGGUGAGUGUAUGACUGGGUACAUGAAGGCCACAGACAAGGUUUGUCGGUCUAUGGAUAGCCACGGAAGAGAAAUCCGACGUCAGCUUAAAGAUGACGAUCACACGGUAUACUUUGUUUUGGCGGGAAUCACCAUACCACUGUGGAUGGUCUGUAUCUGUUAUUGCAUAUUUAGAAAUAAAAUUGGGUCUUGGAGGCAAAAACCAAAGACAGAUUGCAAACAACCAGACGCGUGCAAGAUCAACAUGAUACAUAUCAUUAACCAUAAUAUUAAGGAUGAUCCGUUUGAUCCAAAAAUAGAUGAAAAGACUUUAAUUGAACAUCCAGAGCCCUGAUGAAGCUGGUACCAUGCAGACACUGUUUGACAUUAACAAAGAUUCAGGUGUAAACAUUCCAUAAUGUAUGACAUUCCCUAGCGGAUAUUCGUUUGGAAUCUUGCAAUAGAUCGAGGCCAAGCUUUAAUUUAUCAACAAAGGAUAGAAUAUUUGACGACUGCAUUUUCCGACUUGCUUUAAAGAAUAAAAAAAAAACCUAAUGAUGUCAUUUUGAGAUAUUGCAAACAAACCUUUAGCUGGUUUUUUUGUACAUGUCUUUACAUUGUUCACAAUUGGGUAUUUUAGAGAAUCUCUCGAUUUCUGCUGUUUUGUAAACCCUAACAAAAAAGUACUAUAGUUAACUAUAGUUUACUAAUCAAAGUUUAGUAUACUUAACUAUGGUAAACUAUAGUUAACUAUAGUAAAUUUUUGUUAGGGAAUGAAUGGAUAUAUAUUUAGGUUAAUGUAUGUCUAACCGAGUUGUUAUGCCGCAUUAUAUCUUCCAGAUCCUCCCAUGAACUCCUCUUUUCAGAAAUCAGGCUACGUAUUUAUUGCUUUAUUAUUCCCUAUUUUAUAAUCACUUUUUAAUUGUUUCACAUUUUGAUAGUUAUAUUUAGACUUUACUGUGCAUGAUCAUGUAUUUUUCUAAAGAAAUGUUGAUCUGUCAAAUUUUAAAUGAUCUUCCCGUCUGAUAAUGUUUGUUGUCUCCAAAGUUUUAUUUCUUACCUAUAUACUAAAUAUCCAGCUGGGCUUUGUAUCAUAAGUAUGUGGCAAUGCAAAAUGAAUUGGUUAUUAUGUAUUUUUAAUUUUGUAGCAUUCUGCACAAAUUUGUGUUUUAUUUUUUUUAUUUCGUAUUUUGACGUUUUGUCGAAGAUUUAAACUUGUAGUGUAAACGAUUGAAUCAGACAGACCAACCGUGCCUUUGCAAAUUUAAGGAGGUUUUGUACAUGUAUUUUGUUCAUUUCCCUUGAAACUAUAAAUGCUGCACAUUAAAGGUUUAAUAUGUGUGGAGUUUCAAGACUGGUGACUCUCUUUCCAGACUGAGAGUUGCCGUUCCUUUCAUGAACAUUGUACAUGGAAGGAAAAGCAACUCUCGUCUUGUAAAAGAUUAAUAUGUCAUCAUCAUGCUAAUAAUAAUAAUAAAAAUAUUUUAUAAAAUUUUAUUUUUAUACACAAAUUUUGUUGAUAUAUUUUCUAUAUGAAUCAGUAUGUCUCAUUGUACAUCUUUUAUAUUUGGAAAUAAACUGAAUAAUACAUUAA